CUUGUUCCUUCCUUGUUCGUCCCAUUUCCGAAAGCGCAGACGCCGAAGUUCGCCGUCCAAUCCAGUCCAGUCCAAUCCAAUCCAAUCCAAUCCAAGGGGUGCGACCUGAGAUCACUGCCGGAGAAAUCACCGAUCACAAUCUACCAUGUGGAGGAGAUUGCUCUCUUCGCAGCUCAAAGCCCUAAAAUCUCUUCCCUCAUCAUCCCCCAACCCUUCCUUGGGACGCAUUUCUCAAGCCACACGACUCGCUGCUUCAUCUCACGCUUCUCCUUCCCCUUCUGCUCCGCUCUUCCAUCGCCAUUACGCCUCUGAUUCUGCUGAUUCCGGUCUCAAGAAGAAGGUUGAGGAUGUAAUGCCAAUUGCAACCGGUCACGAGCGCGAAGAGCUUGAAGCCGCACUUGAGGGAAGAGAUAUCCUUGAUAUAGACCAUCCCGUUGGUCCUUUUGGAACUAAGGAAGCUCCUGCUGUUAUUAAGUCAUAUUAUGACGAAAGAGUAGUUGGAUGCCCUGGAGGUGAAGACGAGGAUGAGCAUGAUGUUGUUUGGUUCCGGUUGAAGAAAGGCGUGCCACAUGAAUGUCCUGUGUGCUCACAAUAUUUUGUGCUGGAAGUGGUGGGACCUGGAGGAUCGCCCGAUGGUUUUGGAGACGAGGAUCAUCACCAUUGAUUGCAACCAUCUCCUUUUCCAGAAUAAACCUUGGCUUUUAGAAGAGACAGAUUUUCACAAUAUGCCGCAGUGAUUAUUUAAAGGUGUGUUUUGUUUGUUUUCUACUGGUCCUUAGUCUUUGCAGUUGUUCCUUCAGCAACAACAGGAAUCUGAGUUUUUUCCGAGUCAGUUAGACACUGGCAAGUCAUCUGUUAGAAGUACGGAUCUUUUUAGGUCUUCUUUUAUGCAAUUCCAAAUAAUUGGAGGCUUUUCUCAAUUCUUAUCCAUAACCUUACAGUACAAAACCCAUUGAUCUCAUAAUAUCAUUUCGAGAACUUACUGAAAAUGAAUCCAUUUACUGCAAA